AUGCCUGUUUUUACAGGUGGAACCACUCAGGUUUCAUUUGGUGAAGCUCCUGCUGGAUUUGACGGAAUAAGUCAGUUGGACGCUCAGGCUGCAGGCCUUCUUCCAAACGGAGCGCCUCCUGGUGGUCAGACGCUCGGACUGACUGCGGAGAAAUCGAACUCCAAUACGGUGUUGGCGGGCUGCAGUUUGGGGAACCUGUCCAUCUGGGAACCAACGGGGCGGGAAACUACGGUUAUGUUACGGAGUAACCUGCAUCUGCCUGCAGGCGACGGUAAAGCAACUGGAAAAUACGGAUAUGGAGGCGUCCUAAACGGUGGGCAGCUUUUAGGCCUGGGUAAUCAUGGAAAUAUUCCAGAUUAUGGGACUCUUCCUUAUGAAGCUCAACCAGCUGGAUUUACUCCGGAAGCGAUUUCUGCCAGCCAAUAUGGCCUCAUUGGAUCGCCGUAUCAUCCUGCACCUUCUGGAUCUGGAUAUAACGGGAAAUCAGCUGCAAAAUAUGGUGGUGGAGAGACUCCCUACGCGCCACAGAUUCUUGGUUUGGGAGAAGCAAAAUCAGGAAAAUACGCAGGUAAACAGAAAGCUCACCAGUCUCAGCCUCUUGAAUCUGCAGCUGGAGAGAACGUGGGCUACUUAAAAGGACAAGUGAAGCCAGAAGCGGUUGCAUUUCCCACUCCCAGUCCGUCCCUGGAGGACUCGCCAGACCUUGUAGGCUCCUUCACACUGGAUGAAGGUGUGCAGGAUUUAUCUGACGGCACGGCGGGUUUACUGGACUCUUCACCUGCUACAGAGACGCAGGGCGAAUCUCACCUGCCUGAGAAUCCGGAUGACCUGCAGCUGCCACGGCAGAUACAAAUUCAGCAGCAACUCAAGCUGCAUUUCCACCCUCAAGGCAAGUCCUGGAGCUGCUACAAUCUCCGCUGCAGGGCUUUGCAAAAUUUUUCAGACAAGGAAUGAUUAAUAGUUUGUUUUAUUCAAAUUAGUUCAGAUAGAUUGACUUUUAGACCUUAUUUUAGUGUUGUAGUUUGGCCGCCAUCCACCAGAGGGCGCCACUGGUAAUCUGACUUGAAGCGCAGCCGUUCAUAAGCGAAUCAAAGAUGGCGGAGCCAUACCGUAACAGUAACAGUUCAAACAAGAGUUCGGUUUGGGAUACAAAAUGCACUUUAUGCGGUUCUGUUUUGACAUUUAAACACCCGA